ACGAUGACAAUGAUGAUGAUGAAGAGGAGGACGAUGACUCGGAAAUGAACGAUGACUAUUCCGACCCUAUGAUUCAUUAGGAGUGUACGUGUUGGAUUAGUCACUCACACUACUUUGUUUUAUCAAUAAAGAUUGCAAAAUGGAGAGGAACUAUACUGAAGCCUUUGCUGAUGAGGUUGUUCAGGUGUGUGUGGCCAAGUACAAGAGCUUAAAGAAAACAGGGAAACCGAAGACUGGUGGUGAGUGGACGCUCCUCUCAUGCUUCGUGCAGGAGGAGUGGACUAACAACACACCUAAGGACAGCAACACAUUCAAGGGCAGCAACACACUCAAGGUAGUGGCUCUAGGUACAGGGUCAAAAUGUAUCGGUGCCCAGCAAUUGCCAAGAGACGGUGACGUCCUCCAUGACAGUCAUGCGGAGGUUGUGGCGAGGAGAGCCUUUGUGUUGUACCUUAUCCAGCAAGUGAGAAGUGCAGCUGAUGGACAGACUAGUAUUUUCCAGGUGAAGAAUGGAACUUUUGUGUUGAAACCAGAUGUAUUCUUUCAUUUUUACACGAGUCACACUCCUUGUGGCGAUGCUUCAAUCUUUCCCAAACAGGAGUGGCUAGAGAGCGUAGGAAAUGCUCUCAAGAUGGAAGACAAAGAUGCUCCUUGUGCCACAAUUCUUCCAUCACGUGAGGGGAAACACUUGCACAGGUCAGGUGAGGUGAUGGAAACAAGAGAGGCGUAUCGUUCAGCCACUCCUAAGGGACAGCACCUGCACGGCUUGUGUCGGGAGGCUGAGUCAGGCUCAGACACAGAAGUGCCAACUAAAAAACGAAAAUUUGAAGAUGUGGGAAACACCAUGAAGAAUGAGAAUAAACAGACCAAAGAAGAAGGCACUAAUAAUGAUAAAGAUAAUAAUAUUACAGAAGAAAGAGCAAGCAAUGGAAUAAGAAUUUUGUCCGACACUUUCCGCACCGGGGCAAAGUGUGUCAGCGGGGAGACCCCUGACCCGCGGCUGCCAGGAAGCGAGUACCACGUGACGGGCGUCCUGCGCACCAAGCCAGGCCGCGGCGACCCCACCCUCUCCAUGUCUUGCAGUGACAAGAUGUUCAAGUGGACUGUGCUGGGGGUUCAGGGAGCCUUGUUGAUGCUGCUGCUGGACAAACCAGUGUAUGUAAACACUGUUGUCAUUGGACAGUGUCCCUACAGCCAAGAGGCAAUGAGCAGAGCCAUCUUUGGCAGAUUUCAGAAAAAAAUUGAGAGUCUCAAGUUACCUGAAGGAUUCUCUGUUCACACACCUGUGUUGCUGCAGUCAUGUGUGGAGUUUCCUCAUUCUCGAAGUUAUGUUUCAAGUAAUGUCCCGGAUGGCUGCAAGUUAAUGCCAACUCCCACAAGUAUAGUCUGGACUGACACAAGCCUGCACACGGAGAGCCAAGAGGUUGUCACCAAUGGGCGGAGGCUCGGCUGCACCAAGAAGAACAUUGGGACAUCAAAGAGCUGGGUCAGCAUUUGCCGUAGAGUAAUUUCAAACAAAGUGCUUGAUCUCGUCAAAGACAGUGUGCUCAAGCUGGAAGAUUUAAGUCAUGUCUCAUACAACAACUUGAAAUGUCAUUCAGAGUCGUAUCUCCAGGCCUGGAGCAGUGUAAGAGUGGCAUGUUUACCAAACUGGACAGAAAAAACAAAGCACCUCAAAGACUUCAAGAUAAUGUACAGCAAACCAGCUGUUCAGGGAGCCUCUCUUUGACAAGUAUUGGAUCUAUCAAACCACAUGUAUCUACUAAACAUUUUUUAUAUACUAUGGGAUUUAGUACUAGCGCUGUAUUGCCUUGAGUCAAGAAUAAGUUUUUCAGUUAACUAAGGAAUUUACUGUUGUCAUUAAAGAAAUAGUAUUUUAA